AGGUUGCCGCCAGCCGCCUGGGCAUUUAAAGGACCCACUGCCUUCCCGAAGUUGGUUUGAAAGCAAGCGAUGGUUGUUUGUGGAUGGCGCUUUGUCAUGGGACCUAUGUGGUUGGGAAUAUUGCUUUUCCUUUUGGCCGUGCACGGGGCUUGGGCUGGGAAGCCGAAGGAAGAGGACGAUGACACAGAACGUUUGCCCAGCAAAUGCGAAGAGUCUCCCUCUAUUGUCCAGGCUGGAGUGCAGUGGCAGGAUCUCAGCUCAUUGCAACCUCCGCCUGCUGGGUUCAAGUGAUUCUCCUGCCUCAGUCUCCGGAGUAGCUGGGAUUACAGUGUGUAAGCUGCUGAGCACAGAGCUACAGGCGGAGCUGAGUCGAACUGGCCAAUCUCGAGAGGUGCUGGAGCUGGGGCAGGUGCUGGACACAGGCAAGAGGAAGAAACAUGUGCCUUACAGCGUGUCAGAGACAAGGUUAGAAGAGGCCUUGGAGAAUUUAUGUGAGCGGAUCCUGGACUACAGUGUUCACGCUGAGCGCAAGGGCUCACUGAGAUAUGCCAAGGGUCAGAGUCAGACCAUGGCAACGCUGAAAGGCCUAGUGCAGAAGGGGGUGAAGGUGGAUCUGGGGAUCCCUUUGGAGCUGUGGGAUGAGCCCAGUGUGGAAGUCACAUACCUCAAGAAGCAGUGUGAGACCAUGCUGGAGGAGUUUGAAGACGUUGUGGGAGACUGGUACUUCCACCAUCAGGAGCAGCCCCUACAAAAUUUUCUCUGUGAAGGUCAUGUGCUACCAGCUGCUGAAACUGCAUGUCUACAGGAAACGUGGACUGGAAAGGAGAUCACAGAUGGGGAAGAGAAAACAGAAGGGGAAGAAGAGGAAGAGGAAGAGGAGGAGGAAGAGGAAGGGAGAGACAAGAUGACCAAGACAGGAGGCCACCCCAAACGUGACCAAGAAGAACUUUGACCCUUGCCCCCAAAAGGGGACGGGAUCAUGGAGAGCCCUCUGAAGUCUGUGCUCUCCCAGCUCACAGCUUUCAGGGUAUGUUUGUGAGUGACUCCACCCAAGCUUGUAGCUGUUCUCUCCCAUCUAACCUCAGGCAAGAUCCUGGUGAAGCAGCAUGGCAUGGCUUGCUGGGAUGGAGGGUGGGGGUGGAGGUCCUGCACUUGCAGAUGAACUCCAUCCAGCCCCUUAAUUGGCAGGUGUGUGUGCUGACAGUACUGAAAGCUUUUCCCUUUAACUGCUCCCCACUCCAACCCAGAGGUCACCAGUAGCACUGGAGCUGUGGGCUUUGGGAAAGUCACUUAGCUCCAUAAGGUCUGUUUUUAGACCCUUCCAAGGAAGAGGCCAGAACGGACAUUCUCUACAAUCUAUAUAUAUUGCCUGCAUCCAGGAGGCUACACACCAGCAAACCGUGAAGGAGAAAUGGGACACUGGGUGAUGGCCUGGAGUUGCUGAUAAGUUAGGUGGGGUAGAUACUUGGUCUACUUCAGAUCAGUGUCACUGAGAGCCUACCACAUAGUUUCAUAGGUGCUAAAUUUUGUAUAUUGCUAUUAAAUUUUUUUUUUCUAAAAACUA